UUAUUAGGAUCUAUGGCUGCACAAGAAAUAGUUGCAAUUGAACCAGUAGCAGCAAUGCGUGAAAACCUUAAGAAAAUUCCAAUAAUUACAAAAAUAAUCGAUGGAACAGCUGAGCAUAUUCCAUUUGAUGAUAGUUCUAUUGAUAUAAUUAUUUGUGCACAAGCAUUUCAUUGGUUUGCAACUCACCAGACACUUACUGAACUAAAUCGAGUAUUAAAAUCGAAUGGUUUACUUAUACUUUUGUGGAAUAUACCGAAUAAUCAAGGUGCUCCUGAAUGGGCCGAAAAUAUAACUAAAUAUGUCGAGUCUUUUAAACCAAGUGAGGGGGUAAAUUAUGAAACAGAGAAAUGGAAAGCAGUUUUUGAGAAUCAAAAUUUGUUUUCAUCAUUACAACAUAAACAAUUUAGUCAUAAACAACGAGUAACAGAAGACCUAGCUUUAAAAAUGAUUUUAUCGAUGAGUUUUAUUGCAAAAUUACCUUCGGAAGAGCAAACAAAAUUCAUUGACAAUGUUAAAAAAAUGUUAAACGAUGUUGAAGAGAUUCGAAAUACAAACGGAUUUGAUAUUAAUCUUGAUACAAAUGUCUAUUGGUGUUCACCAUUGAAACCAUCAUCGUAG